AACAUUUAACUUCAUAACAACCUAUGUAAGGUUGAUACUGUUAAACCCAUUUAAAGGUAAGGAAACUAAGGUUCUGAGAUUAUAACUUGUUCAAAAUAACCUAGUAAUUAAGAAGGAGGAGUGAGAGGAGCCCACUUCUAAUUUGAUCCCAAACCCCAUGCUCUUUCCGUAGUCUGUCUGCCAGAUGAAGUAUUUAGUGAGGUUCAGGGGAUAGAUCUUGCUUCUCAUUGAAGACUCUAAGAUGAAUAUAUGGAAUGAGAAAAACAAGAAGUGAGGGAUUAUGCCAAGAUUUUGAUGAGACUAUGUGCAUGGGGUAUGUAGGAGGUGGAGGGACGGUAGAUGAAUAUAGAAGUAGAACCUGGUUUGCGGAAGGAAGGUGUUGGUGAGUGUUCAGUUUGGGACAUAUAGAAUUUGAGGACAUUAUUCAUUCAGGUGAUAUUUAGUUUGAGUGGCUUGUCUAUACUUGACAUUGUUCAGGACACUGGAAAUACAUUGAAGAAAGGGCAGCCAUGGUCCCUGCUCUAAUGGAGAUUGUGGACUUAGUGUAAGGGCAGACAGACAAAAACAGUUAUAACUAAGUGUAAUGGGUGUCAUGAUAGAAGUAAGGGGAAUAAUUUAAUACAGACACCUGGAGAAAGUGAUUCUAUAAGGCUCCAGGGUUAGUAGAAAGAUGUUUAAAAUGGCUAUAGCUUGGAUAAACAACAAGGUCCUACUCUGUAGCACAGGGAACUAUAUUCAGUAUCCUGUGAUAGAUCAUAAUGGAAAAGAAUAUGAAAAAAGUAUAUAUAUAUAUAUGUAUUCAGAAUCACUUUGCUGUACAGUAGAAAUUACCAUUGUAAAUCAACUAUACUUCAAUAAAAUAAAUUUUUAAAAAUGGAUAUAGCUUAAGGUACAAAUGGAGGAAGGACAGAGAAUUAUCAGAAAUGGAUAUAGGAGAUAGAAAGGUUAAAGAGUUGAUAAUAUUGUUUUCCCCUAACUUGCCCCUUCCUACACAGGGCAAAAAUGAUGAUUGCCUCCAGCUAUAGGGAACAACUGGUAGUUCCCUGAUUUUCAUGCUUUGUUGCCCCCAUGACUUCUGCCUGGAAUUUUCCUCCCCUAACCCUUUUGUCUGGCCAACUCCUGCCCAUCUUUAUCAUAAUCUUUCAGAAAGCCUGCUGUGUCCCCUUGUUCCAUGUCCCCACAGUUUCCAGAGCCUACUGUUCACACUGUCUCUUCUAUUAAUUGUAAUUGCAAUAAAAGCAGGGACCUGUUCAUCAACCUAUGAGUAGCCCCCCAGUGCUUGACACAUAGUGGGAUGGGUGCAUGGAUGAAUUAAACAAAAAUGAUCACAUCUGGAAAAGAAUUUGCAUUUUAUGAACAAGAGGAAGAAGUUUCAUCACUUCACUAAAAGGGAACUUGACUAAGUCAGUGGUUCUUAACCUGGGGUGAUUUUGCCUCUCCCCACCCCCAACUUGGAACACUUGACAAUGUCUGGAGACACUUUUGAUUAUGACAGUUGACUUGGGGGAGGGGCACGUGGUUAUAAGCAUUGAGUAGAGGCCAAGGAUGCUAAGCAUCCUAUAGUGCACAAGAUAACCCUCCACAACAGUUAUCCAGUCCAAAAUAUCAGUAGGGCUGAGGUUGAGAAACCCAAGUCUAACCAAGUUUAGCUCUCUUCUGCCUAAAGCAGUGGUUCUCUAAGUGUGCCCCCUACUCCUGGCAGUGACAGCAUCCACUUGGGAACCGAUAGAAAGGCAAAUUCUAAGAUCCCACUCCAAAGCCACUGAAAGAAACUCCAGGGAUGGGCCAACUGUUUUUGAACAAGCUCUCCAUGGGGUUGUGGUGCAGGCCGACAUUUGAGAACCACUUCUAAAGUAAAAAACCUCGGUUGGCAGGCAUUCCCUGGAAGUCCCGUGGUUAGGAGUCCUUGUUUUCACUUCAGAGGGUGGGGAAAGUGGGCUGGUAAUAAAGCCAGGGCCAAAACUCCAAGAGACUCCUGGGGUGGGAGAGUGGGUAAGGAAUAAUGGUAAAACAGUCCACAGGAAGUUAUGGGCUCCAGGGUGAAGUGGUCCUUGAUAUCAGAUAUUUCUGAAGAGUUGCUAAAUAUGAGAACAGGCAAAGGGAGGUGAGACUGCUGCUAAUAGUUAAGACUCCUGAAAUGGAGUGAGGCAAGGAUAAUGUCGUUCAGAAGUGGCAGGUUUGAGUAGUGGGGGCCUGAAAGCUUUCAGUUUUCAGUCAUCUGUGUGGAAGAACCACUUGUAAAAAUUUGUAUUUAGUGUUAGGUUUCUGGAAAUAACUAGCCAGGACUCUCAUCCCUCUAACACAGAAGCUCUUAUUCUUUUUGUAUUUUCUUUCAGGCUUUAGUUUAUGUACAUAGCUAUUUUUACAGUGGAGAGUUGCUGCCACAGUAAAUUAAAAAGUGUUUUCAAAGGUUAUACCAGAGCAGUAGGCAGAAGAGGUAAACUAGAUCCCAUGGCCAGUUUGUUCUGCUUGGGUGCAGGUGGUCAUAGGAAAAGCAGGUGCCUUAGGCUAAUUUUGGUUCUCUGGGAAGAAACCAGUAAAGUCAACUUCAGAACAGAAAUUUUUCUCAAGCUUCAUUAAGGAAGUCAAGGAUAUAGAUAAGACAAUGGGAGAGGAAAAGUCUUCUUCAGGGGAAAAAACUUGUAUCAUAAAUAGUAGAUACUCAGAGCCAUUCAGAUUAGAUAGUUUUAUGAAGAAGCUUUUUAUUGAGUGGAUGUGAGGGGAGAAAAGAAUGUUAGAGCCUUGUCUGUGUUGGGAGAGGGAGUUAAAAUAGGUGCUGGUGUUAGGGAUUUGUUUCCCUAACAAGUUGAGUAUGUUAGGGAACUGCUCCCUAAUGUUGAUUGUAUUUUUAAAGCAGUUAUUUUCCAUAGAAAACUUUUAAUUUUUUUUCCUUUAGAAGGAACUUUCAUGACUGUAUGUGUGUCAGGCACAGUGCAGUGAAUUUUUAAGCACACUUCAUAAGCCAGGGAAAUUAAUGGUGGUAUCCCCAGUUUGUAGUAUGAGGAAAUUGAGGCUCUAAGUAAAAUGAUGGGGCUCCAGUCAGACAGCAAAUAAGUGUCAGGGGUAGAAUUCCAAACCCUGGUAUGUUUUCUCCAAGACUACUGUAAUUAACACAGUAACAGAGUUGCUGUAGUGAUCAGUUUCCUAGAGGUUAUCUGAUACAUCUUCAUACCUCCCCUUAUUGGACUGGACUCAGUACCCAAGGUUGUACAUCAUAACCACAGGGAGAUUUUUCAAAAUAUGUGGUCUAAGAUUCCCCCAAAGAAGUUCUAUGGAGGAAGACUUUUAACAAAAGAACCACUUUCCCCCACCCCCAUUUCCUCCUAGUGUCUCCUCUUUCCCAGAAGCCAGGCUGUACAAAGGCUGAUUUUAGAGCAUGGAGCAGGUGUCAGGCAGGGCUGGGCCAGCCAGCUCCAAGCCAAUUCAGCUGUGAUGGUGACAGCUGCUCCUCUCCAGUUGCCGUAACUAGCGGAUCUCAAUCACCUGGAAGAGGGACAGGGCGCAUAAGGGUCUUUUGUGGCCAUGGGCAACUGGUGUCAAGCUUUCUGGAUUCAGAUUUUUCUCUCUGUUGUAAAUCAGUGUUGUGACCUAGGGAGCCAUGGAUCACAGAGGCUUUCACCAGGGGAGUUUCAAUAGCUUCCAAAGUAGCUCCAGUGAUGAAGACUUGAUGGACAUACCAGGGACAGCCAUGGAUUUCUCCAUGAGAGAUGAUGUUCCUCCUUUAGAUGGAGAAAUAGAAGAGAGUAGGUCAUACAAUGGUGGAGGAAUAGGUUCCUCAAAUAGGAUGAUGGACUUCUUGGAGGAGCCAAUCCCUGGUGUGGGGACCUAUGAUGAUUUCAAUACAAUUGAUUGGGUGAGAGAGAAGUCUCGAGACCGGGAUAGGCACCGAGAGAUUACCAACAAAAGCAAAGAAUCAACAUGGGCCUUAAUUCACAGUGUGAGCGAUGCUUUCUCUGGCUGGUUGUUGAUGCUACUUAUUGGGCUUUUAUCAGGUUCCCUAGCUGGCUUGAUAGACAUCUCUGCUCACUGGAUGACAGAUUUAAAAGAAGGUAUAUGUACAUUAGGAAUCUGGUUUAACCAUGAACACUGUUGCUGGAACUCCAACCAUGUCACCUUUGAAAAUAGAGACAAAUGCCCAGAGUGGAAUAGCUGGUCCCAGCUUAUCAUCAGCACGAAUGAGGGAGCCUUUGCCUACAUAGUCAAUUAUUUCAUGUACGUCCUCUGGGCUCUCCUAUUUGCCUUCCUUGCUGUAUCUCUUGUCAAGGUGUUUGCACCUUAUGCCUGUGGCUCUGGAAUCCCUGAGAUAAAAACUAUCUUGAGUGGUUUCAUUAUUAGGGGCUAUUUGGGUAAGUGGACCCUGAUGAUCAAAACCAUCACACUGGUACUGGCAGUGUCAUCUGGCCUGAGCCUGGGCAAAGAGGGCCCCCUAGUGCACGUGGCUUGCUGCUGUGGGAACAUCCUAUGCCACUGCUUCAACAAAUACAGGAAGAAUGAAGCCAAGCGCAGAGAGGUCUUGUCAGCCGCUGCCGCUGCUGGUGUAUCUGUAGCCUUUGGGGCACCUAUUGGUGGAGUAUUAUUCAGCCUAGAAGAGGUCAGCUACUACUUUCCCCUCAAAACACUGUGGCGUUCAUUUUUCGCUGCUUUAGUGGCAGCAUUCACUCUACGCUCCAUCAAUCCGUUUGGAAACAGCCGCCUGGUUCUAUUUUAUGUGGAGUUUCACACCCCAUGGCAUCUCUUUGAGCUUGUGCCCUUCAUUCUGCUGGGCAUAUUUGGUGGCCUGUGGGGAGCUCUUUUUAUCCGCACUAACAUUGCCUGGUGUCGGAAGCGGAAGACUACCCAGUUGGGCAAGUAUCCUGUCGUAGAGGUUCUUGUCGUGACAGCCAUCACUGCCAUCCUGGCUUUCCCCAAUGAGUAUACCCGAGUGAGCACAAGUGAGCUCAUCUCUGAGCUGUUCAAUGACUGUGGCCUCCUGGACUCUUCCAAACUCUGUGAUUAUGAGAACCGUUUCAACACAAGCAAGGCGGGUGAGCUGCCCGACAGACCAGCUGGCGUGGGAGUCUACAGUGCAAUGUGGCAGCUGGCCUUGACACUCAUACUGAAAAUUGUCAUCACUAUAUUCACCUUUGGCAUGAAGAUUCCUUCUGGUCUCUUUAUCCCUAGCAUGGCUGUUGGUGCUAUAGCAGGUCGGCUUUUGGGAGUUGGGAUGGAACAGCUGGCUUAUUACCACCAUGACUGGGCCAUCUUCAAUAGCUGGUGCAGUCAAGGAGCGGAUUGCAUCACCCCGGGCCUUUAUGCGAUGGUUGGGGCUGCAGCCUGUUUGGGUGGGGUGACUCGGAUGACCGUUUCUCUUGUUGUCAUAAUGUUUGAAUUAACUGGUGGCUUGGAAUACAUUGUGCCUCUGAUGGCUGCAGCUAUGACAAGCAAGUGGGUGGCGGAUGCUCUUGGGCGGGAGGGCAUCUAUGAUGCCCACAUCCGUCUCAAUGGGUACCCCUUUCUUGAAGCCAAAGAAGAGUUUGCUCAUAAGACCCUGGCAAUGGAUGUGAUGAAACCCCGGAGAAAUGAUCCUUUGUUGACUGUCCUUACUCAGGACAGUAUGACUGUGGAAGACGUAGAGACCAUAAUCAGUGAAACAACUUACAGUGGCUUCCCAGUGGUGGUGUCCCGCGAGUCCCAAAGACUUGUGGGUUUUGUCCUCCGAAGAGACCUCAUUAUUUCAAUUGAAAAUGCUCGAAAAAAACAGGAUGGAGUUGUGAGCACUUCCGUCAUUUAUUUCACCGAGCAUUCUCCUCCAGUGCCACCAUACACCCCACCUACCCUCAAGCUUCGGAACAUCCUGGAUCUCAGCCCCUUCACUGUGACUGACCUUACGCCCAUGGAGAUUGUGGUGGAUAUCUUCCGCAAGCUGGGACUGCGGCAGUGCCUGGUUACACACAAUGGGCGGUUGCUUGGGAUCAUUACCAAAAAGGAUGUGCUAAAGCAUAUAGCACAGAUGGCGAACCAAGAUCCCGAUUCCAUUCUCUUCAACUAGAAUCACAGGGUUGUACUGGAUAUAAAACAGGAAGGACAUUGCAGACCAUGGAUAUAUUUUAUUAACUGGGUACCCAAAACACAUUUCCUACAUUUGGGUGGUGAAGUUAUAUCAGUGUGUUGUCUCUUUCCUGCAAAUUAACCAGUUGCACUACGUAAUCUCUGGAAAUUAUUCUUCUCUUUAGGAGAAAAUUCAAUUAGGCUUCUGUGAUAUUGCAUUAGGAAGAUUUCAUGAAAGAGUAAACAAGAUUGCUAUGAUUUAAUUCUUUUCUUUCUUUUUAUUUAAAGAUUUUUUUAAUUUAAAACAUAAUUGUUAGCCAAUAUGCAAUCACUGAAAACUAUGCAAGAAAAAUUCCAGAUGUCCUGACCUAUAGCCUGCAGGAAGCUCAUGAAAAAGUCACUUUUUUGGACUCUUAACUGUCAUUGGUGGAAAAUGAAGUGUAAACUAAGGGGCUUUGCUUUUCCAGCCACAGGAAGGAAAGCCAGAAGGAAAAUAGUAAUGGUAUUUUCCAGACUGUGAAUUCAGUUCAAAUAUUAUCUUGUUCCUGUUACAGUAUUUAGCAUUAUUAGUUUUGUGUGUUUAUGUAUAUGUUAAUUUUAAUGUCUGAUUAUAAGACAAUGCUGCUUUGGUUAAUCUCCUCUAAGUGAAUUUAAAGAGAUUAACUUUUAUAGCUUGCUUGUUCCUGGUACUCUUUUUUGACGUGCACAAAGAUAAGUUAUAGAAUUUUCUCCUUGUCUGCAAAUAGGCUAAUUUUUCCAGGUGGUCUUUGUUAGCUAGUAGACAAAGACUUGGCCAUGAAUUUGUUAGUAACAAGGAAUGAUUUCUCCAGCUUCCUUGAAAUGAUUAGUAAAGUUCUAAGCAAAGUCAAUGACUAGGUCUUUCACAUUUUUGUGAGGUCCCAACUAAUCCUCUUACCCAGAUGCCACCUCCAUGAGUGAUGGUGCUUUCGGCUUCUGGAAUAUAGAAGAGUAAAGGGAACCAAAUCUAGACUGCAUACUGGUAAACCAGGGAAGAUUCCAAGCUGUAUCUGUGUUUUCAUGCAUUCCUUCGUAACAACCACCAAUACUAAAAUGACUGGGCACUCUUGCCUCUUCCCAGUGUUAAGUACAUUUAACAGGCCAGUGUUUUCCCCAUGAUGGUGAAUUUAGGCUUGAGAGUACUUUCAGAUAUAUUCAAGGCAUUGGAACAGGAUAGGCAGCUCUGACUCCCUUGAGGCUUCUUAGACUUCUAAAUAAAAUGCAGAACCAUCCUGAGACCCAGGGGUGUGGACAAGGCCUGGUGACACCUAAGGUGCUUGUAUCCAAUUGAAAAGGUGCCUGUCUCAAUUUCCUACCACCUCUACUGCAGUAGAAAACAUCUAGGGACACCCGGUGGAGUUACAGAGCCACCACCAUCAUUCCAACUACGUUUUCUACAUGUUUACCCACAUGCUGUUGUUUCCCCUCCAUUCUUCUCCCUUUUCCAUGCCUUAGUCCUGAGUCCUCUCUUUGGGAUUGAGCACUGUGCCCAGUUAAUCAUUCCUAUUACAAAAAGAUAACUCCUGGAGCUAAAUUGUAAACCCAGCCUCCAGAAGCUUAUAGCCCAUGGACCAGAGAGGCAACACACAGCCAUUUGCUUUGCUCUAUAGUCCAGUAGCUACUGCCGUGCCUCCAUUCCCACGCUGAUGCCCACAGCAGUGAGACUCAAAUGCUAGGGGAGAGAGCUGAACCUUUCCCAUUUUCCAAGUCUGUUCCCAGCGCUUCCCACCAUCCUUCCAGCCUAGAAUCAGCAGUCAUUCAGCAUAGCCUUUCCUACCCUCUGUCUCCUCUGUUCAAGCACCUCAGUGUACCUCAUUUUAAAAGUUGCUGAUCUCUGAGUCUAGGAUUUUUUACCCCUAGUUCUUAUGUUUCCAAAAUCUGAAAUUCUUUUAUUGCCCAGAACUAGGGAGCCAAGGCUUAUUUUGAUUUUUAGCUUUAAAGUAUCAAGGCAGUCACCAGAGCUUUCCCUUUAAAUAUAACACUCUAGCAUUUUAAUGAAAAAGAAAAGACCCUCCCUAGGUUUUAUUACAGUAUAGUCAUGACUCAGUAACUUCACAAGGGACAAGUAAGUCAUUUGUCCCUUCUUUGCCACUGAUUCCCUCAAAAGAGAUGUGGCUAUUUGCCCUACCACCACAUCUAUUGUGCAGUAGUCAAAGUUCUUAUGUGUGUACUUCUGGUUCACUACCUAUCUCUUCUUAUCAGCCGUCCAACUAAAGUUUGCAAAACAGGAAAUGUUAAUAUUUCUGGUAUUUGAUGACAGUCAAAGGUUUGGUCACAUUUCUUAGGGCAGCGGUGAUAUGGAGGGUAUGUAAGUUUGCCUUUGUGUUUCUUCUAGGCUCUGUUUUUGAUUUGAAACAGAUGAGCCAGUGUUCAGGUGCUACUUUAGAGAAUAAAUUCAAGAAAUCAGAUAAUACUGUGCCAAGGUAUACUUUCUAGAUGCUAAGCACUGAUUGGCCCUCCAGAGAAAAACAUCCCUUUGAUACCUCACUCCUAGUAAAUCUCAUUCAUUAAUCUCAGCUUCUCAGGAAUCCUUGUAACUAUAUGCUAAAAGUACCUGUAGUUUAUGAUAUCCAUUAUAUGUCCAGUCCUAUGGUUUGGCUCAAAGUUUGGCUAAUUGUGGUAGCGCUCCCUGCUAGACUGCUAGCUCAGCACCUUAACAUUCAGAGUUUCUUAUCUUGAGGCAAAGGAAAAUGUUCUUUCUGCCACUGCCAAUUCAGCAGUUAGACAUCAUUAAACCAACAGAGCUGAUAUAGGGAGGUCUGUUAGUAGCCAGAAAUGGUCAAAUACCUCAGUGGCAAAAGACUGGGAGACCAGUCUGUUCUGGUAUUGAGAGAAAAUUUCCCAACACAAGGGAAGGAUUUAUAAAAUUAUGCCAAUAAGCACUUCGAGAGAGGGUUUUCCAAAGCAAAAUAUCUGUAGGCAUCCAGCCAUGAAAGGAAUGAGUGUCUAGAUUUUUUUUUGAGAGUCUAGAUUUUUAAAAAUCUAACAGCUAUAUUUUGUAUCUUCAGAUCUUCAGUGUAAAGAAUUAAAGAAACUGGAAUAAAGCUGAGGCAUGUUUAGAUAUACCAUUGGCAGAAGCAGGGAACUGACUGAACAUGCGAAGUCAUGGCCACUUUUAAGAUCAUUUCUGUUAGUUCAGACACUCUCCUCUUUUCUGGCUCCAGUGUCCUUCUGGCUCAGUCCAGCUGGAGUAGAGGUGGUAUAAUCCACAGAGCCCAUAUCCUCUGGUGGAUAAUCCGACAUUGACAGUGCUUUGGAUGUGCCAGCUGGCAGAGCAGUCAAUCUGUUUGCUGCUUGAACUGCAAAGGAGUUCAGUUGUUUGGACACCAGAGACUGAAUCUGAACCCUUUACAGAAAGAGCAGAGAACAGCAUCAGUUUCUCUAUCAAGUCUUCAACUGUGCUUGACCACAAGAAUGAUAAAUUAACAGGGACUUUGUGUGGUCUAAGACUGUGAAGUAAUUCUUAACUAUGAAUUUAUGAACCUAUUCAGGUGGAGGGGAGGAGCAAAUACAUUUUUUAAAAACAACGUGCAAUAGAGUCCAAUAGGGAAAGUGAUCACCACUGUAUGAAAGUAUUUGAAUCAACUGUCCUGGUUGGGUCCUGACCUUGGUUUGUUAAGUUAGGUGGUGAGUAUCCCCAUGAUAUCUUUUGGUUUUGUUUUUUUAAUCAUAAGGAGUGCAGUUUUUGAGGUUGAAUAUUUAAUAAAUGAUAGUCAAGACAGUUAUUGAAAUUUUGAAAUGGCCAGUGUGUUUUAUAUUGCUAAAGUACUUACUGGUGAUGGACCACAUUGUAUUGUGAGAAGUUGUUUUACUUUCAUCAGAUCAGAACCAUAUGCAGGCCACUCUCUGUUCAGAGAAAGCAGAAGAGUGUCUUUCAUGGUGGUACAUAGAGUAUUGAGCUCUUGAAAACCCUGAGAAAAAUUAAGAGUUUAGAAAGUAAAGGGGAGGUGGAAUGGUGAGUAAAAGAUGUCUAAAUAUGUGGUCUGAACUUAAGUGUCCUACAAUCUUGAUUUUUUUUAAACCACCUCUGGAAUUACCUGGAUUCCCUUUGGAGAGAGGGUGGAAAGUUAUGGUAGUGAAAAAACCCUAGUAAGAAAAUAUAUGAGUUCUUGUAAGAUGGUGGGAGAAGGUCAUUCCAUGCUCCAAGCCAAACACCCUGACAUUUAUUAAACUGCUUAAUUAUGUGCCUCAAGGGGAGAAUAGUUAGUAGUCGCUGAAAGAGCAGGCUUUCCAAGCAACAUAGAGGCUCAAAGCAGCAUUUGGUUGGAGGCAGUCUACUUUUAUGGAGAGGGCUGACCCAAGACCAGACAUCUGCUCAUGGAGGAGGGCCGCGUCUCCUGCCAUUGCCUAAAUGAUAAACUUUUGGUAGAUUAUCUUGAAUUUUGAUAGAAAAAUACUUUAAAAUUUUAUGUCUUUAGCCUCCUUGGUAUACGCUUAUUCUAUAUUAAAAAGAAAAAAGUGACGGUGUCUCAGAGCUCAGGGAGCUUUGUAAAUUUGAACUGAAAUUGGUGUAGUAGACCUGUGGCAACCACUCAACUGUGCUCUGCCUCAAUUUUGAUUGCUUGCCCCAAGGGGAGACUUUCUUGGACUAGUAGGUGUUAGCAACUUCAGGUCACUCCCCAAAUGUUUGCUGGUCACAAUCUCAUUUCUAAACAUCUGCAUCUGGGCAAAGUUUUGAAGUGACAUAGGGAGCAAAAUUGGUUUUCCACCAUGUAAUCUUAUUUUGCCAAAUCACCCAAGAAAGAAGGAAAGUCUGUGAUGUGUGGAGUUUGCAUUUCUUGGAUGGAACCUAUCAGGUCAUCCAGUUCAAUCCUGCAGUCAUGAAUUCCUACCUCUUAAGUUCCUGCCAAAAGGUCUUCAGCCUCUGUGCGCACACUCAUUGAAUGAAUGCCUUGCCUAAAGUUCAGCCUUUUAAGGGGAAAAGGCAUGUGGUAGUAUAAAAUGUGAGGGUUUAAAUCAAUGAUCUCUGCCUCUCCUCCUCUCUCCUGUGUGCCCCUGUCUCUCUGUUUCUGUCUCCUCCCUGCCAUGCCCUAAAUUCAAAAUUUUAUCAUGUGUUAUAAGUGUAUUAUUUUGAAUAUGGACCUUGGAAGAGGGAGAGGAUCAUUCUGAGAGUAGAGAAUGACUUCUGAGUUGAUGGAGCCAACAGGUCUUUGCUCUGCUUUAGGGGCUAAAGCCAGUGAUACCUGCUGGCAGUGUCCAGGGCUUUAGCAUCUCUAUGCAGACAGGUGAAAUAUUCAUUGCUAAAUGUUAUUCUCAUCUACUACUAGUCCAAAUCUGUUGAAAGUCAGAGGCGAUCUAGAACUUGAUGAGUGAAAUGCCUCUUGGCAGAAUGAAGGUGAAGGAGUGGCCUGGGUUGAUUUUGUCAGGGUGGGGAUGUUUAGCCUCAUUAUCUUUCUGACUGUACCUCAACUAUAUGGUCCUUCAACAGUGCUCCUCCUCCUCCAUUUUACUUUAUCCCUUAUUCUCUCUCUUUCCCCUUGUCCUGCCUUUUUACUCCUCAGAUUUUAAUAAAUAUUUACUUUUUUAUUAUAUAUUUGGUCCCUUGGGACUAUGUAGUGAUUAUAAAUUGAAUUCAUUCUAGGUAAAAAAAUAUAUAUAGUGUGUUUAAUAUUUUGUUCUUUUAAACUGUCUUUUGAAGCUAUGCUGUUAACCAGGUACAGGCCAGAAAGGAGUUAAGCCUGAUGAACAGCACCUGGUCAUGUCACCUAGGGAUGCCAUUGAUGUAAUGAUGGUGAUUCUUCUUCAUUUGGCCAAGGCCAGCCUCCUCUUCUUAACCUCCAGUCAUUUCUGGCUGUGGGAAAAAUACCAGCUGUCGGGUGAGCCAGUGAGGCCAGGAUGAUCAGGGGGGCUGGUUCCAGCCCAUGGACCAUUCUAUGAAUAUCUCUGUAGUGAGCUCAUUUUUAGGGCUGGCUUCAACUGCAGUAGCCAAAGAAAACCUGUCUGACUCAAAAUUUUAGUUCCUGAGAGUUGGCAAAAGUUCAAAUGAAGCUAAAUACACAUUAUAGACAUCAGCAGUAGCCUAGGUGUCUAGACCCUAGAAUCAACCAAAGCUAAUAGAGCCUGAGUUUCCAUAGGAAGCUUGGUGCUGAGCUGUUCAGAGCAAUUAUUUAUCUGAGUGCUGCCAAUGCUUUAGUCACACUUUCUUAGCUUUAUUGUAACUUUUAGAGAUGUUGGUCCCUGUUCAUAGGCACAGCCUGUACCAAAGCUAUGGCUUAGUGCACACUUCAUUCUGCUCCCUGGUCAAGCAUAGCAACAUAGUUUUAAAGGAAAGAUGUGAGCUGGGGAGUUAGGAGACCUAGUUUCUAUUCCCUAUGCUUCUACUAACUAGCCUCGAGAUCUUAACCGCUCUGUGCCUCAGUGUUCCCAUCUGCAAAAUGGGGAUAGUGUUAAUUGCCCUACCUACCUCACAGGGUUGUUGUGAGGAUAAACUGAGACAAUGAAAGGAAAGUACUUUGACAAGUAAGUGCUAUGCAAAUUGUAAGAAAUGGAAACAAUCAUGUUACAGGCAAUGGAAUGGACUUUGGCAGAAGGGUUAAUGGGAUUGUCCAGCCCUUUCUCUGUGUGGCUUAAACCCAGGUCGCCAUUGCUUUAUACAUUUUUCACUUAGCACAGAUUUGUAAUUAUGCAUGUAAUAAAGCACAGCCUUAUCCAA